AUGUUCGAAAUGCUUGAUGAGAACGAAAUGAAUGGUGGGGUUCGGUUCGACUCGAUGCUGGAGAUUUUGCCCGAGGAAAUUGACAUCAGUUUUGGCGAAGAUAUCGGGAAUACAAAUGAUAGGAUAGAAAAGCUAGAUGCAGAACCAACUCGGAGUUUUGUACCCGAAAAACCACCGCCAUCUCAAUCAGUGGAUACAGAAACGUUGUUUCCUGCUUCGUCGGUACAGCCCUUGGCUAUGGAGAACCAGCAAAAUGGUGAAAUUGCCCAAUUAUGGGAUUUCAACGUGGACGACUUUAUGAUGACACCAAGCCAAUCCAGUGAUUCUGCAACGAUCAGUGCUCCAAAUAGCUACAACUCUGAGUUCCAUGCACAUCUGGGCAGUCACGGCGCCUCAGGGAGCAUCGAAACGGAUGGACUUGGUUCUUCAGCCUUUGCUGCGCAUAUGAAUGGCCAGGGCAAUAAUAAUUGGAGCCAUCUUCUUGGCAACCCUUCAGUCUCUGAUAUCGAUACCCAGCAAGUUUUUGCUAACCCCAUGUCUUAUCGUCCAGAAGACCCGCAAUCAACUUCGUUUUUUCGGCCAACACUGCCGACCAGGCGUUCGUCAUCACAGGUUUCUAAAAACUUGGGCGAAGACGGUAACAUUGCACUCACAUCUCACAACACCACAAACUCGAUACGUAAGAGCUCUCUGGCAAGACCCUUAUCGUCCACGUCGCUAGCAUCUUAUCGUCAGCCGUCGAGUUCUGAGCUACCCCGGAAACCUCAGGUCGAAUGUUUUAAUUGUAAGACCACCAAGACGCCGCUAUGGCGUAGAGACGCAGACGGGAACACCAUGUGCAAUGCGUGCGGUCUUUUCCAGAAAUUGCAUGGAACCAUGCGUCCGCUGUCAUUGAAAAGCGAUGUGAUACGAAAACGAAAUACCAAGAAACGCAAUAAGAAGCCCGUUGCUACCGAAGCAAAAGACACUACCAAUGGCACAACUCAACCAGAAACGAAUAAGGCCAAAUCUGCAGCGACGCAACUGCCCCUUUCUUUGGAUGUUACACCCUCUUCGCAUAAUGAGCCAUCGCAGGCUUCUAGUUUUCCUUCCACGGAGACAAAACAACGCGGCAACUCGUCAAUGUCGUUCAAUACAAUGAACGCUACGACUAAUUCUAACCAGCUUUUAAGCUCCAAAACAUUGAUGAAUCAUAACAACCGAAUGCAGAGCGGAGCUGUUCCUGGGGUCUCUAAAAAAUCUAGACGCUCCAGCAGCUCCAGUUCUGCGUCGAACUCGAGUAACCGCUCUUCAUCAUCGCGCACCAUGGUAUCCAUUUUACCCAAGCCUUCGCCGGGAGCUUCUCAACGCAAUCAGUUUCAAUUGAUGAACGUUUUCCCAAGUAGCGCUGGUAAUAGCGCAGCGUCGUCACCAAGGGUAUCUAUCUCGCCUCGACCGACGUCGGCUCAGAGUCCUGUGCCAAACUUUAAUGGCCAGGCCAUACCGCAAACGUCGGGAGGCGGCUCUGGUAUAACGGUUCGCCGGAAGCCAUCACGCCCGGGCUCGUCAUCUAUCAUUGCGUCAUCAUUGCAACAGCAUCAGCAACAUUCAGGGGUCUACGCACAGCCAACUGUUGGAAGCUCUUCGUCCACAAUCUCUGCAUCUUCACAAUCCUGGAAUGCAGCAGCCGGCACUGCGUCCUCUCCGAAACCAGGAAGAUCACCACGUUCACCUUUUGAUCUCUUCUCUGCACAGGAACCUUACUCGAGGCCUGCGUCUCGCAAAUCGCAAACAUCCCUGUUAUCUCAACAGCUACAACAGGCGAGUCUUGUGCCUCAAUACCCACAGUCGCCUUCCCAGUUUCAAACACCCACAACUAGUCAAAUCAACGGUUAUUCAAAUUCUGCCACACCUCAGCCUGGCUCUAUCAAACGUUCUUCUGCCACUGCCUCUCCACGAAACGGUUAUAUGGACUCUAUACAGCAGCAGCGUGGCUUACAUGCAGAAGCAAGUCUUCGCAAGACUACAUCUUUACGCUCUGAGUCUUACGGGGGUACCUCUGGUCUGGCGGCUACGAACCAGAGUUCCAACACUCCAAAGCAGAAAGACAAUGCUUUGGACGAUCUUGACUGGUUAAAAUUUGGGCUUUAA